AUGGAGUCACCUCGCGAUGAAGACCAGUUUGAUUGGACAUUCCCCUUGCCCCUUCAACCUGUUAACCCAACCAAUCUUGAAGGAGCUGGCACCGUGUGCGAAACCAAGCGUUUCGAUUCCUUCUACAAUGCCAACGGCGACCGCGUCGAACUACCAGCUGGGGAGAGGUACAGAGCGACGGGCGCUCAGGCCUACCAUAGCGCCCUUUCAGUCACAACUUACUGGAACAGACAGCAAGAAUUUGAGACGACUGUACUCGAGGUCAGAUCGCGACACAUGAAAGCUGCACUCCGGGCAGUCGUGCCCGCAUACUCCUCAUACAACAUCACCGCGAGACACAUAUCUAUAUCGGGAGAACCAUGGUGUCUAUUUCAUUAUCGCCAGGAGCUUUUGGACUAUGGAGCACAGUUAGUACACCAGGGUUAUGACGUGGAAGCCGCACAUGUACAACACCUCAUUUCUUACAUGUGGACUACCUUCGCAAAUGAGAUUUUGGCUUUUUAUACGGUCGAGUUUGCCACUGGUUUUGACCCCUCCCUGGAACACAAGUACCUGUGGAUGGUCUUUCGACCUGGAGACAUAUUGUACAUCCGAGAGCGUGGAAGCUGUGCUUUUCUGCUAAAAGAAUUGUCCCUGCGUGCGUCGUGGAUUUUGUCGGGGUACUGCAUCGAUUACGAUGGAAAAUCUUAUGGCUUCAGAAGCUUCAGCGCAAUUAUUAGCCGCUACGAUGGCAUACGACCUCUGAAGAAACUUGAAGUCGUUCAACUCAAUUGGCUGUCAGAAGAAGAGCGACAGAUUAUAAAGGAGAAGCUCGUGACUCGUGGUCAGAGAUUCGUAGGAAUUCACGGCCAACAAUGUCUUUCUUACAACGAAUAUUCUGACGAGUCCACGGGCGGUAGGGUAUGA